CGAGUUGAGGGUCUGUUCACUUCAAGGUUAUCAACAGAAGAAGUAAAAAUGCGGCAUCCUACUCGUCGUGUUCAAUAUGUUCUGUUUCUCCUCUGUAUUAUCGAGUGCGCAAGCAAAGGCAGCCAAGGAGCAAAAUAUGUUAAACCCAAAGUUCCAGCUCUGUUCACCUUCGGGGAUUCGAUCGUUGAUCCAGGCAACAAUGACUUCAUUGCCACAAAUGUAAAAUCCAAUCAUCCACCAUAUGGCAUGAAUUUUAAUGGCAACAGAUCUACAGGCCGCUGUUCUAAUGGCAAGCUUUCAAUGGAUUUUUUGGUUGAAGCGCUGGGGAUUAAGGAGACGCUACCGCCAUAUUUAGAUCCAGACCUAACUAUCCACGACCUUCUCACUGGAGUGAGCUUCGGUUCAGCUGGAAGUGGAUACGACAAUCUCACCGCAAUGGCCGUUGAUGUGAUACCAAUGUGGAAGCAAGCGGAAUUAUUCAGAAACUACAAAGCGCGUGUGGAGGAGGGCGUAGGAUCCAAAAAUACGUCCAAUUUAAUAAGCCAAGCUUUAUACGUAGCCGUGGCAGGAACCAACGAUUUUGUGCAGAAUUACUUUUACAUGCCCAUCAGGAGAAAGGAGUUCAAGGUUGAACAGUACGGAGGCUUAGUAAUCCACGGUUGCAAAAGUUUCUUGGAGGAGCUGUACAAGCUUGGAGCCCGCAAAAUUGCCGUGUUUGGACUUCCUCCGAUUGGGUGCUUGCCUGUACAGAAAACAAUACUGAAGGAAAACAAAGUGAAGGGAUGCAUUAAGCAUUGUAAUAAAAUUGCUGUUUCUUACAACAGAAAGCUCAACAAAACCAUCGAGGAACUCGGAGUUCGCCUUCCAGGCAUUAAACUGGUCUACGUAGACAUUUAUGCCAUUGUACUAGAUCUUGUGAACUAUCCUGCCAAAUAUGGGUUUGAGGCGGCGACCAGAGGUUGCUGUGGAACGGGUAUGUCUGAGAUUGGGUUAACCUGCAACAGCAAAACUCCGGUUAGUUGUAAAGAUCCGGCUAAGUAUGUUUUCUGGGACGCCGUUCAUUUGACUGAGAGGGCCUACCAUAUAGCAAACAAUAUUGCCCUGAUCAAAUAUUAUUCAAAGCUGCUGUAACUCAAUCGAUGUUGAGUUUGCCAGUCAGAUAUUGUGUGUUGUAAUAGUUGUUUCGCUGGCGUAUAUGAGUAGUUAUUAAUCUGUCAGGUCAGUAUGUGGUUUAUGUUAGCUGUCCUCGUAAAUAAUCUGUCAUGUCAAUUGUCUUGAAUGCAAGUGGUAUUCAUUGAAUAGUCUGUAGCAUGCUUUGACACUCUUUUAAAUACAAGAAUUGGGCUGACAUACUUUUGUUUCAGCCUCUGAA